CGCAGGGGGUGUAUAUAAAGGCACGCCAUUUUGCGUUUGUUACACACCCUAUCCUAUGCCGGACUGUGAGAUUUACUUCUGUUUACAGUCGUUUGCUGCUCGAUGCUGACAACACAUUCACAUUUCUUACUCAGUAAAUUUCACAUUUAGACGGAAUGCAGGCUAUAAAGUGUGUUGUCGUCGGGGACGGUGCGGUUGGUAAAACCUGUUUACUCAUCAGUUACACAACAAAUGCAUUUCCAGGGGAGUAUAUCCCAACUGUAUUUGACAAUUAUUCAGCUAAUGUUAUGGUUGAUGGCAAACCAAUAAAUCUUGGACUAUGGGACACAGCUGGACAAGAAGAUUAUGACAGACUUAGACCACUUUCCUACCCACAGACUGAUGUCUUCCUUAUUUGUUUUUCAUUGAUAAGUCCAGCAUCUUAUGAAAAUGUUAGAGCAAAGUGGUAUCCAGAAGUUAGUCAUCAUUGUCCGAACACUCCAAUCAUAUUGGUUGGCACAAAGCUUGACAUGAGAGAUGAUAAAGAAACAAUUGAAAAGCUCAGGGAAAGGAAAUCAGCGCCAAUUACAUUCCCACAGAAAUACUUUCCUGGUUAG